CGUUCGUAUCGUAGAGAUCAGCUGUUUUUCUCCGUUGCUGUAACUAUAUAGCGUUAGAACGCAGCUAUUGUCAAUAUAGAGUAUCAACUGUUAAGAACUGGGGUGUCAGGCACAAGGAGUAUCGGCUUGUGAAAGAUGCUGGCAGCAGCUGUAAGUCGCAUGGUGCGCGAAUCAUUUCAGACUGUAAGCCGUUUCCAUCUUUCAGCUAGUCUACGGAUGUUCAUUCAAACGCGCGAUACACCUAAUCCAAAUUCAUUGAAGUUUUUGCCUGGAAUAAAGGUCUUGGAAGAAGGUCAGGGUCGCGAUUUCCCUACGAUUGAGACUGCAAAAAACAGUCUGUUAGUUCGUCAGCUCUUCGCUAUACCAGGGGUUCAACGGGUCUUCCUUGGGCCAGAUUUUAUAACGGUAACGCGCGCAGACGACGCUCUUGAAUGGACAGCCCUCAAGGCAUCCAUAUAUGCUACAAUGAUGGAUUUUUUCAGUGCUGGUCUGCCUGUGCUCGAGUCGCCUGAACCCGAUAAAGAGUCAGAAGAUAAGUUGAAAAAGGUAGAAUUCACCGAAGCCGAUCGUGAAACUGCGGCAAUGAUUGCAGAACUGAUUGACACACGAAUUCGACCAACUGUGAUGGAGGACGGAGGAGAUAUAGUGUUUCGUGCGUUUCGUGAUGGAAUUGUGGAGCUCGAGUUACAGGGCUCAUGCACAGGCUGUCCUAGUUCGUCAGUUACACUAAAGGCCGGCAUCGAAAAUAUGCUGAUGUUUUACGUUCCUGAGGUGAAAGGUGUUAAGGAGGUAUUGUCAGAGGAAGACGCGAUUUCACAGCGAGAAUUCGAGAAGCUCGAGGAAAAGAUUCGAACAAAACCGCAGGAAUAACCUGGUGACUACUAGAAUAUCCAACAGACAGCUGUGGAAUUUGUACAUAUCAUGUUCGGAGAAAAAAAUGGUAUGUCGUUCCUGUCUGUAACUGUGUAUAGGGUAUUUCAUGCGUGUCAGAUAAAUCGGUGCCUAAUGUAGAUGCACAGGCUAUUAUGGUUAUUAAUUAGUGAAUAAACUACAUUAUGUCCGUGCAGAUAAGUUUUUUUUUCAAGUCAGUGAAAGGCCUAAUAGCAAUACAAAUCGAAUUUGAGAGAUAAUUCUGCUACGUAUAAGAAUGUACUUGUGUAUUUGCGUAUUUGAAGGGCCUUGGAAGAUUCAGGCUUGCAAUACCACCUAAAUAUAGUUUUCUCUGCACGUGCAAGCAAAAUACGUUGUUCUAGUUAGCUAAAUGGAUUACUUGAGGAAUUGACAUAUAUGUAGUUUCUGGGUGGGUAGUAAGUAGGUGACAAAACUAGUUAAGGGUGCUUCCAGGUAUACGUAAACUUUGAGUAAAAGAGGUGCAACAGGCUAUAUCAAAUACGACACAUUAAUGUCACAUAAGUUCUGGAAAAAUGGAAUCUUUUUUGGAAUCUUAUACGAUCAGAACUCGCAAUAGCAUAAGGUUAAGGAUAAAUAUGUAAGUUCUUAGUUAUUUCGACUUAAGUUUAAAUAACGCCCGUAAUGGAUACACUAAAUAAAACUGAAUACAUUGGUUAAAACUGUAUCAACCAAUGGAGUAGACAACCCAAGGUGUAACUAAAAGUUCGUAAAAGAUAGUUUUGCUGCGUGUAACUCCAGUACCGGACACUCUCGUAAUUUCUGCUUCUAAAUGUUAACAAGAUAAAUGCUCGUAUUGUUCAAGGAUUUUACACAUUAUGUAAUAGAUCUUUUACACUAAUACAUCGCGAAAUAACUGGCAUGUGCAUAGAUAAAUAAACGGUUUUUCAGCCCAUUAAUAUGUGAAAGGGCAAAAUUAGAAAGCGCAGGUCUGAUCUCUGUUCGCCUGCUGUUAAAUGUAGAAAACGAACAACACUAAGCAAUUCAACGCUUCUAUCAACUGCGUUAACACAGAAAACUGAAUGAAGAAUUCUGCGCUAUUCCCUACUAUUUUCAUCACUUGCUACCAUGUCUUCGAUUACAUGAAGACUGAAACUUAAUAUUACUCCAAUUGCGUAUGUGUAACACCAAAUAUACCAGCUUAGAAACGAAUCGUUGUCAACAGAAUUAGCAAAAGACUGCUAUCUGCUAUGGGUUACAGAAAAAUAAAGUGAGUACACAUGUAUCCCUAAUUAGCAAUACCAUUCACCUAUGAAGACUCAUAACUCGUGGAUACACAUUUAUGUCAGUAGAUAAACAUUAACGAGUGCAAAGAGGUCUUUAAUUGUCUAUAUAGUAUACUUCAUUUCUAAACAAUACAAAAUGCAUGCGCUUGUCUUCUACAAUUGGGUUCGGAUGGCAACCUUGAAUGUAUUUAAUGAAACUUCGACAUAAAGCGCAAUUCGUACUUUGACAAUAAUGAUAAAAGCGACUGCGUUAUUUUCAAAUAACUAUCCAUUCUAUAACGAUUGUUAUCAGAAGAACAAGAAGUUGCGAUUUUGGCUACCUCUUCUAUAUAGGAAAGUCUAUAGUGCCAAAAUGAUGUUGAAGAGUACAGAUGGCAACGUCCAUUAACUAACAUCGAGAC